ACUAGUUCAAGAUUCAAUAUUAUAUAUUUAUAUCAUUACGAAAUAUACCAGAGAUUCUUGAUACAGAUCACUGUGAUUGUGAUUCAGAUUUCAGAUAUAUUACUAUAAUUACACUUGUUUUCUAGACUCAAAUAUAUAUAUAUCUAUAUAGGUCUAAAUUAAGUUAUUAUUAUAGCUUUGAUACCAGUAUAAGGCCUACAUGACAUAUUAGGCCUAUGGCCUAUGACUAUUAAUAUAUGGAGAACUAAGCUAGUAAAUAGCAAGAUGCUAGAAAAUGAAUAAACUCUCUAACUGUAUUACUGAUAUGAAUGCAACAAGGGAAAAGUAUAAAGUGGCAAUCAACCCUUUAACAGAGAAUCCAACCAAAGCUUGGGACAAAUUGAAAGUGAAGCAGACAGUGAAAUCAGUUAACCCUUUGGAUCCAGAAACACCUAUUACACCAGACAAAAUGCGCUUUGUCUUUCUAUCAGACACACACAGUCUUGUGGAAAAAACUGAUUCCUUUGUACCAGAAGGAGAUAUUUUGCUCCAUGCAGGAGACUUUACUCAAGUAGGACACCCACAAGCAGUUGCUAAAUUUGAUACAUUUUUAGGUCAGUUAUCUCACAAAGCAAAGAUUGUUAUAGCAGGAAACCAUGACAUAUCUAUGGAUAUGGAACUGAUCAAAAACAGGAGAGACCAUGUUCUGUUAAAGUUUGGUUUGAAAGAAAGUGACCUGGAGCAUAGUUUGGAUACAUUAAAUGUACAAUCUAGUCGAGAACUUCUAAAACAUGCAAUUUACUUAGAAGACUCAAGCAUAGACAUUUGUGGCAUUAAAAUAUAUGGAUCUCCUUGGCAACCAGAGUUUUGUGACUGGGCUUUCAACUUGCCUCGUGGAAAAGAAUGUCUGAAGAAGUGGGAUCUGAUUCCUGACAACACAAACAUUCUUCUUACCCAUGGUCCUCCUAUUGGUCAUGGAGACCUCUGCAGCAGUGGUUUAAGAGCUGGAUGUGUUGAGCUCUUAGAAACUAUUCAGAAUCGAGUGAAACCAAAGUUUCAUCUUUUUGGGCAUGUUCAUGAAGGCUAUGGUAUAACAACUGAUGGCCAAACAACUUUUAUAAAUGGCUCCAACUGCACACUGAGGUACAAGCUAGAGAAUAAACCAAUUGUAUUUGACUUCCCAAUACCAGAGGGACACACUAAAUCAGAACUGGAUUGUUUACCUGUCAAUAAUUUGGAGAUAUUCAAUCAUUAAAAACAAUUUGAGCUAAGUGAAAUUGAUAAAGUAUUGUUGACCUCACAGUUUACAGUUUCUUUGAAGAGAAAAUAUGGAAUUUCUUAGGGAUGUAUCCUUAUCCUCAGUCUGGCACAUUGAGAAGCCCACAGUGGGUAACCUCAUUGCUCAUGAAAAUCUCUUGUCCUUGAGGCAUUGUGUUAAGAAUUCAAUAAGACCCUGGCAACACAGUCCAGAAAAUAUACCAUACCAUUCCAAAUGUGAGUCUAUUCUCAAUACAUGUCAGCUAAUAUAGGCAUUUGAGUAUUGUUAUGACACAAGACUCUUUGAAUUAAUAAUACAUUCUCAGGUUAUUACUCUAUAAAUACUUUAAUAUUACAACAAGUUAUGUAAAUACGAACAUUUCAUUUCUCUUCCUGUCAAUUUCUCCCGGCUUCCCCUUUUAAACAUCCCUUCCAUUCCUUACACAAAUUCGCACCAUUAUUCAUGCACACCGUGCUGCGCUACGACCGUAACACCCCCCUUGUUUGCCAAGUUCAAUGUACAUCGAACGUCUUUUAAAUAUCAAAUAAAAUUAUAACCCACUGUUCAAUAUAAUUAUAUUAUCUCCAUUAAUUCUCAUUCUUUUACACCAGGUAAAAACCAACAACAACAACAAAAAAAAACUCCAACAGCAAAAUUAAACAUCACCAUUCUCUACGUUAUUAUUUUAGGUUCAAAAUUACUUACAUCCAUCCCAAUGUAUAAUGUCCAGACUUCCCCAACGAACCAAUCAGAGUAAAUCUCAUAAUUCACAAUUAUAAACUAUAAUUAACUAUGUAACUGUAAUACUCUAUUUUACAUUUCUAACAAUGGUUUCAUCACAUUCUCAAUAUAACACCAUAUAUUAAUAUCUUGACACCUCACACAUGUAACAAAGCUUCGUCAAUCCAUACAGUCUUCGAUUACAUAUACAUGUAAUAUGUGUAUAUUUACAAAAUGUUCCAAUCUGUUAUAGAUGUCUAUUCAUUACACUGCUAUUCAUUGUGUUCUCACCAAAAUGAUUUUACUGACAUUAUUCUUUUGACCAACCAACAGAAACAAAAUUGACGUGGCCUAGCUCCUUUCCUUACUUCCAUUUCUUUUCCUCCUUAGGUACACCGUGAUAAUGUGUCAGCUAUCACAUUGUCUUUCCCUGGUAUUGUCGUGACCUCAAAGUUAUAAUCCAUAAGUUGCAAUGCCCACCUGGCUAUUCUGUUGUUCCCUAGUUUAUUUGUAUUAAUGAAGGCUAAGGGAGCGUGAUCCGUCCAUAGUUCAAAUUUAGCUCCCAUUAGAUAGAACCCUAAUUUUGUUAUACACCAUACAAUAGCUAUCCUUCCUUUUCAAUGGUGGCAUAUUUCAACUCAGCUGCUGUCAGUUUUCUACUCACAUAUAAAACAGGAUGUGGGACACCAUUCCAUUUUUGCAUUAGACAGCCUCCUAUUGCAAUGGUUGAUGCAUCUGUAGCCAAAAUAAAUUCCUUAGUAUUGUCAGGUAAUUUCAAAAUCGGUGCUCCAGAAAAGAAAUUUUAAUUAUGUCCAGUGCUUCUUGACAUUCUUCCGUCCACACUAUAUUGUUAGGUUUUCCUUUCUUUGUUAGAUUUGUUAGUGGUUCAAUUAUUUCUGAAAAAUUUGAGAUAAAUUUUCUAUAAAAGUUGCAUAGACCCAAAAGGCUUCUAAUUUGCUUCUUUGUCUUUGGUACCUUAAUGUCCAAUAUUUUUGAUACUGUUUCUUCCAGUGGUGUAAUGUACUCAUUUUUAAUCUUAUACCCCAAAAAUGAAAUUUCACUGAGGCCAAUUUUUAUCUUUGUUGGUUUCAAUGUUAAAUUGUUUUCUUUGAUAAUUUUAAAAACUUCUCCAAGGCUUUGUAUAUGCUCAUCCCAUUGCUCACUAAAAAUGCAUAUAUCAUCUAAAUAACAAAUUGUGUCUCUUCUAUGGCUGAAUAAUUUGGCCAUCAUUCUGUUAAACGUGGUUGGAGCAUUUACCAAGCCAAAGCUCAUCACAUUCCAUCCGAAGGUGUCUUAAAUGCCGAUAAAGGUUUAGCUUCUUGUUUUAGAGGUACUUGCCAGUAUCCUAUAGACAGAUCCAACGUGCUAAAAAUCUUUUCAUUUUUUAGCUUAGUAAACAUUUCUUCUGCUUGUAGCAUUGGAAAUGGAUCAAAUUCUGUGACUUUAUUCAACUGUCGAUAAUCCACACACAAUCUUAAGUUGCCACACUUGCACGACUGGUGCAGCACAUGUUGAACUAGAUGGUUCUAUCACUCCCAGUGUUAGUAGCUCAUCAAUUUCCUUCUGUAAUGUUUCUCUAUGGUGUAAUGGGAUCGUAUAUUGUGGCAAUUUAUUUGGAACUUUGCCAGUUAACUUGAUGUCAUGUUCUAUAAUACUUGCUUUACCGGGUAAAUCUGUAAAAAUAUUCUUAUAAUCCUCAAUUAGUGCCUUGAUUUCCUUAGCUCUUUCAAGAGAAACUCCUUUCACCGUGACAUACUUCCACGUUUGCCUACUUUCUGUUGCCACUGUCUCUAUUGAUCUAAACUUUUCCUCUGUCUCCGUUUCUUCCAUCACACAGGCACUCAUUGUCAUUGACUCAUCUUUACUCCUUUCUUCUCUUCUUUGUCUUGGUGUAAACUCUUUUAACAAAUCCACAUGAAAUAUUUUUAACAUCGAAUCAAUGUAUAUUUCAUAAUCCAUAUCGCUAAUUUUCCUUGCUACUUUGUAUGGUCCCAGCCAAUUUGUGCCCAAAGCAUUAUUGUUAUCCUUAUGUAAGACCAAAACAUCUUGUCCUACCUCUAAUUCCGUCAUUUUUCUAUGUUCAUUCACUCUGGAAUGUGUUAAUUCAUUUCUCUCUAGCAUCUGUCUAUCCGCUUCUUCACAUACCUUUAUAAUCUGAUUUCUAGUUUCUGUCUCAAUAUCAUAACUGUCAUUAGUUACUACAUGAUCAUGUGGGAUUUUCAAAUCUUUCAAUAUUGUCAUUGGACCUCAUGGAUUUCCUCCAUAAAUCAUUUGAAAUGGUGAAAACCCUGUUGUUUCAUUACGACUCUCCCUGUAUGCAAAUAGUAUUGACGGUAUUGCCAUAUCCCACUCUUUGGGUUUAUCAUCCAUUACUUUAUAUAAUGAUUUCUUUAGAUUGACAUUAAAACGUUCACAAGUGCUCUGUGGAUAAUAUGCUGGAUCCCAAACAUGUUCAAGAAUGUUGUAGCCAAUUGACAGUUGAAUUGAGUGCCCCUAUCUGGCAAUAUUUCUUUAGGAAAUCCAAAUCUUGUAAACAACGUUUAUAAUGCUUGUACUAUGUCUCUGGCUUCUAUUCAUUUGAGUGGGAGAGCUUCCGACCAUCUGAAGCACACGUCUAUCACAGUUAGGAUAUAAAGGUGACCCCUAUUUGAUACCACUGGCAUUGGACGGAUUAAAUCAAUCGCUAUUUUACUAAAUGGUCUAUCUGGUACAUCCACCCUUUGUAAUGGUGCUUUUAUGUUUCUUGCUCCUUUUCUAGAACAUAGUUGGCACGAAGUCACAUAACUUUUUAUGUCCUUACUAAUUGAUGGCCAAUAAAAAUUCUGAAAUAUUCUUUGUUUCGUUUUGUGUAAUCCCAGAUGUUCUGUGUGUGCUAUAUCGUGUCCAUUUUCCAUUACAAGCUGCCUGAAUUCUCUGGGUACCACAAACUGGAUUACUUUUUUUCCAUGCCAUUCAAUCUCUCUAAUAAGGGUUCCUCUUUCUACAUAAAAUCUUCCUCCUCUACCUCCUUUCUUUGCUAGUUGGCGUAACUCUGGAUCAUUUUUUUGUUUUGUGAUUUAAAUUUUUCGUUGUUAAAUUCUAUGUCUUUGAUUUCAAUUGUUUCUGUGUUCUCACGUUGUUCUUAAUCUUGCUUUUUUUUCUUAGUUGAUAAUUCGAACAACUUUGCCAAAUCUCCUUACUCUACAUCUUUACUACAGGAUCGAGUAGUGGCCAUUCCACAACAAUUUUUCCAAACUUUUAUCUCAUUUUCCGUGCACUUCUUUAUGUUUGGUAUAUUGCCAAUAAUCAAAUCAAUUUGAUCAUGAUCUAUAACACAUGCCUCUAUGAUCCCUGUAUAAUAGGGUGUUUUAAUGUUCACUCGGGCCACGGGUAAUCGAACUGUUUUACCAUCAAACAUAAUACAUGCUUUGGUUUUUCCAGUAUAUUCAUGAUCUUCAACCAAUUUUCGUUUUAUUCCAACAAUAGUGCUCCCAGUGUCCCUUAUCGUUCUUGCAGCCUUAUUUCCUACAAAUGUUUGAAAACAAUCCAGACUUCCUGAACUCGACAAUAAUGACAAACUUUCAUCUCUUCCAUUUCUUCUGCCGUCAUAUCUUCCCUGUCUGUUUCCUUGAUAUCUCCCUCUGUAGCUAUUAUACUGGCCUUGUCUACUAUCUAUUUGGCUCCUUCCUUGUCCUCAAAACCUAUUCUGUCUUUCAUAUCUAAAUCUUCUAUUGUUGCUAUAACUGUCUUGUGUUUCUCUAGCUCUAUUAAAUGCUACUAUUUCUUCAAUAUCGCUACCUCUGUUUAACUUUUUUUCAGGAUGUGCCACUUUGGAAGCCCUUAUUAAUUUACAAUCUCAUCUACAGAUUUUGGCUUUCUCUCCAGCAGGAAUAUUUUUAGUUCGUCCUGACUCUCAUAAAUGACUUUAUCCAGCAUAAGAAAUACCUUUAGUCCAUCAAACGUCUUCUAUAUUUUUGAUGACUCUGUCCAAUUGUCAAAGUAGCUAUUCAUCUUGUCUAAAAAUGUUUGGGGAUCCUCAUUGGUUUCAAUGGUGCAAUUAAUAUAUUGUUGACGAUAAAACGCCUCAGUUUUUCCAAAUGUUCGUAGUAAUUGCUCCUUUACUAUUUGGUAAUUAUUCUGAUUCAUGCAAAUCUUUGACGGUACCUCCGCUGCAAAUGACUUCGAUAACAAAAAUGUCUAUUUAUCUUCAGGAAAAGCCAAUUCUUUCAUUUCAAUUUCAAACUUCUUUAAGAAAAUUUCUAUGUCUAUUUUAUUCUCAUCAAACAUUGUACCUUUAUAUUUUGCCAAUUUAUUUCCAGACACGUCAUUUUUCUUUCCAGUACCUUCAUCUUUAGCUUUUCCUUUUUUUAUUUCCAACUUUUCUUUCUCUAUGGCUAACCUUUCUUUCUCCAUAGCAAGCUUCUCUUUCUCAAUUUCUUUAUCCGUAACUAAUUUCUCUUUACUGAUAGCCAACUUCUCUUUCUCUAUUUCUUUAUCCAUUGCUAAUUUAUCUUUAUCAAUAGUUAACUUCUCUUUCUCUCUUUCUUUUUCCAUGGCUAACUUCUCUUUCUCUAUUAAUCUUUCUUGUACAUAUUUUGUCAGCUCUGCUCCUUCUAAUUCCAAUAGUCUCCCUUCUUCUUUCAAAGCAACUAUCUCAGCUUUAUUCGCCAUUUGUAAUUUUUCUUUAUAGAGUUAUCUGACCAUAUCAAUUAAAUAUAUUUGAUUCUCAUAUACUUAAUGCCUGGAUUCAACAAUGUUCAUAUCUAAAUGUAAUGUAAUGAAACAAACGUUUAAUGUUAUUUGGAUACAAAUAUGUAGCUACUUCCCGGAAUACUCUUCUUCCUGCUGGUAUAACUUCCAAUGCUAGUGUAUAUUCUCCGCCGGUGAUAUGAAUCUUUCGUUGUUUGUCUAUAUGCUGUGGUAAGUGUAUAUCCGUUGGUCCUAAAUGGGCACUGUUCUCCACCAUAGUCAAAAUUCACUAGUGUUGCCCACAGCAGUGCUAAUAAUCGUACAAAUUUCCAUCAAUAUUGAAUGUUAAAGGUUAUUGUUGAGAACUAUGACCAGCCAGAAUAAUGAACAUGUACUUCAGCAGCCACUGACAUGAUUUUUUUUUUUUUUUUUUUUUUUCCAAUAAAUUCAUAGCACAUCCAAAUACAGUGGGUAAUCCCUGAUGUUUUCACAUUGGUGAAUGUAGAGAAUUGACCGUCAUAAUAAUUAUAAUGAUAUAAAUCUAAAUUUACAUGUUAAUCCAAUUGAUUAAUUCAGCAAUAAUGUUUUUAGUUAAGUUUCAACUAAAGGUUUAUGUUUACCAGUGAGUCUAGUACAUAGCUUUAGAGAUUUAGAUGACGCUAACUCUCUCAAUCUUAAUAGAUCUAGAGAUCUAGAGAUUUUGUUACAUUUUGUAGUACUAGUAAUACCUCAGUAGACAGGAAUUAGAUACCGAUAUAACGCAGGUCUUGCCUUUUCCAUUAGGCGCCACUUGUUACGACACAAGACUCUUCGAAAUAAUAAUACACUCUCAGGUUAUUACUCUAUAAAUACUUUAAUAUUACAACAAUUUAUGUAAAUACGAACAUUUCAUUUCUCUUCCUGUCAAUUUCUCCCGGCUUCCCCUUUUAAACAUCCCUUCCAUUACUUACACAAAUUCGCACCAUUAUUCAUGCACACCGUGCUGCGCUGUUAAGUAUACAAAGGAAUUCCUUGUAGUGCACUCCUCCACUGCUUCAAUGAGGAGAUACAACAUUAGAGGGUAGAAACUUUAUAAAAAUGGUGUGUUCAAAUCCAUAAUGGUCUCUAUCAUAGUUGGACCCUAAGACAGAAGUGUGGGGUAAAUAGUUCUUACUUCAGUCAUGACCAAUAGUCUAGGGUUUCAGUGGGUCCUUGCAAUGGCUCCAACUUAAAUGGACUUUAUCCAGGUGAAGGACAUUUGGAUGAAUACUGUUUUGUUCAGUUUUUCUUCAAAAGUUUAAAUUUUAAAAAAAAUUUUGGAUUUUUUAAAAGUAUUUUUGUUAUGUGGAGUUUUACAUGUUCAUUUUUAAUAUUUAGCUUUUAGACAUUUGUGUAAUAAUUAGUAUCAUAAAUUAAUCACACCUUUCAACAAUUCUUCUGUAAAAGAGUUUAAUGUUUAUUAGUCUACUUGCAGAUGUGGAUUCAUUUCCUCUCAAUUGUUUUAAUGACAUAACAUUUGGGAAAGUUUUUCUAUAACAUGUUGACUUCUGUUAGAUUCAUUUACCUUCUUAUUUAAAUAGUUAAGUGGAUAAGAACCAAUAAUAUCUCACUAUUUGGCAUGGCUAUUGGAACCUUCAAUCACAACAUGAAGUUAAUUUAUGUAGUAUGUAGAUAUAAGAAAUGGAAGCUAUAGCAUUCUUCAUAUUUUUUUUAUAAGACUCUUUUGAAGGUGUCAAUGAUUUUUUAAAAUGUAAUUAUUAUUUGCAUUAAAAAUUUUAUAAAAUGUUUGUGUUAAUGAAACAAGUUGGCACCAAAACUUCCAUUUCUGGAACAGACAACACCCAAAUAGCAGUGCCAAUAAGUCCAAAUAAAAUGAUUCUAGGACAGCCAAAAUAUUACUGGGCUUUCAAGGCAUUGGAGUGAAUAAGUAUGCAUAUAUCGUAUGUUAGAUGAUGUUCUAUAAAUGAUUUAUCAUAAGUACACUAUAUUGAACAAAUAUUAACAAUCAAAAAGUGGUAAAGUUUCUAUGUAGCAUGAUCUUUUCAGAGACAUUCUAAACAUACACUAACUCUACUCCACAACUCAAAUGCUGCCCUUAGAGAUUUGUGUGUAGGACUAGGAUGGCUGCCUGGUCAUGUGCUAUGCGCCCUGUACUGUUGUCAUCUUGAUGGUUCAUACCUGCCCGCUGCCAUCCCCCAUCAUCCUGUGGGUGGUUUAGACUAGUAAAAAAGUUCCUAUUUCAGACCUUGCAAUCUAUAGGACAGAUGAUGUAAAGGUCAUCUGUUUCUGUGACCCAUAGUUUUACAAGGGUAUCAUGUGGCCAGCACAAUGACCUACCACCUUUACUUUUCCCCAACUAAUACCAGGUACCCAUUAGAGCUGGGUGGACUCAGAGGCGCCCAAGAUCCCAGAAAUAAAAAUCCCUGUCUUCAGCGGGAUUUGAACCCAGGACAUCGGUACGGAAGCCAUCCGCUUUACCGCUCAGCCACCAUUCCUCUGUGGUUUGGACUAGGAAGUAGAUUAUCUUCAACUCUGAAGGAACAUCCGAAACAUGUAAACUAGAACAUAACUUUAUUGUCUUCAUCUCAAUAGUAUUUCUUACAGUGUUUUACUAAAUAAUUUAAUAACUGCUGAAUUAUAAAAUUAGAAUAUACUAUGUAAUAAUUAUAGGUACAGGAACAUAAUUGUAUUAACGAAUACACUGCAUGACAAUAAACAUUAGCCCAUUCUUGUUUGACACUGUUUUAUGAUACUAUAAUAAUUAUUUACAGUGAACAAGUAUAAACAAAAUCCUUUAGACUUUUUUAAUAUGACAAGGAAUACGUUUUGAUUAAAUUAAAUAUUUGUGGAAUAUUAAAAUCUUUAAUUACUUUUCCUCUCUAUACAUUCAAAAUGUUCAUUUAAAUCUAUGUGAUGUAGUUCACUUUUUAUUUUAAAGAACAAAUGUAUACCAAUUAGCUUCCCUAUUUAAUAUUGAAAAAAAUGUUCAGUUAAAUGUAUGCCAAGUAGCUUCACUGUUAAAUUUUCAAGAAAAUGUUCAUUUAAAUCUAUGCCAAGUACCAAUUUAUUAUUCAACAAAAUGUUUUUUUUAAAUCUAAGCCAAAGUAGCUUCACUGUUUUAUUUUCAACAAAAUGUUCAGUUAAAUCUAUGCCAAGUAUUUUCAAUUUUUUGAUUUACAACAAAUGUUUUUUUUUUAAAUAAAAUCUUCAUUUAAACAAAAA